UGUAAUAAAUCAAAGCAAAGCAUAUAUGAAAAAAGCAAAGAAAGCUAAAAAGAGCACGACAGAUAAAAUGCCAAAGAUUGAAUGAACAAUAUUUUUUUACAAACACUAUUAGUUGCAAAAUAUUAAUGAGAAAAUGGAUGCAACAUGAAAAUUUAACAUCCACAAACAAUAGCAAUUAGUGUAUAUCGGAAAAAUGGGCAACUAGUGAAAAGUGAAAGUUUACAUAUCUGUUUAAAUUUUUUUUUUUGCUUUAGUUUUUUUUUUUGAGUUUUUAUCAAUUUUUCUUUACAUUUUGCUAUGUAUGUACAUGCACAUAUGUACUUAUACCAUAUAAUUUAUUUGAUUUCGUAGUUUAAAUGAAUAAAAAUAUAUAAAAUUAGGAGUUACAAAGUUUAUUAGUCGUGCUCAAAGAAGCUGCUAUUGCUGUGUCACAGUGUCAGUAAAUUCUAAAAACCUAGUAGAUACAUAUAACAACGAAAUUUACGAAAAGUUUGCGUUAGAAAAGAAUUAAAAACAAGCAAAUUAAUUUUGAUUAUACUUAAAAAUACAUAGAGCAGCAUGUAAGAUGCGAAGAAGGGAAGAGUGGUGCUGCUAAAUAUACAUAAUGAGUUUAAAAUUUAGUACUUACAUUAACUAAAAAAAAAGUGUGCUACAUAUAUACAUAUACAACAUAUAUUUGAACACACAUACAUAUAUGUAUGUUUAUUUAGUUAAAAUUUAAUGUGAAUAGCAACAGCUAUGCAACGCAGCCCACUUCCACUGUCUUUCUCUUUCUUUGUUUAGUUAGUUUUGUUAAAUAAUUUUUUUUGUAUUAACUAUGUAUGCAAGUUUUAAAGUAUUGUACUUGUUAUUGUUCUUUAACACCACACAACUGUGUUUACUUACUUACUUACUUACUUACACACACUUUACAACAACAUUUAUUUUUACUAUAGUUCUUCUGAUUUCAUUUUGUUUGACAAACUUACAUAUAUACAUAUUUAUGCUAAUUUGUGUUCGUUUAUUGUACUAAUAUCGUUUAUGUAUAGUAGUUUUUCAGUUGUUGACUUUGGUGCUGGUGUAGAAUUUGUUUUGUUUUAUAAUUUAUAUAAUAUUUGAACAAAUAUGCUCUUAAGCUAUUUACUUAUAAUAUAUAUGUUACUAUUAUUAUUUAUAUAUUUUUUCGGAAUCAUUUACUAAAUAUGUACAUUUGCCGCUUAACGAAGCGCUUUAGCCGAGUAUUAGUUUUUUUUUUGUUCUGAAUUCCAGCUUGGAUGCAAGUAGUUUUGCCACAUUUUUCACUUCAUACAUACAUACAUACAUAUGUAUCGAAAUUCUUAUACUCAUUGAGAUUUAUUAUAUGCUUUAUGUAUUUAUGAUACAUACAUACAUAUAUAACUAUUAGUCAACUCAGUCUGUCCGUCGUGCGCGCGCAGUAAAGAAAUUUUUUUUUUUUUUUAUUACUUUAUUAAUUUUAUAGACAUAAAUUUUAAGUAAUACAUACUAUAUACUCUCCGUGCUGACGUCCCCUAUACAUAAAUGUAAAUCGCUUGCAUUCAUAAUGUCAUACUCAAAAACUCAUUUCGUCGCUUUUCAUAUAUCAUCGUAAAAUUUUUUGUUGUAUUAACACAAAACGUUUGAUUAGCUGGUAACUAAGCUGACAUUAUCACCACAUAUAUAUAUAUUUUUUUUGGAAAUUUUCUUUUGGGUGAAGAUUGAGUUAUUGUUGUUUGAAGUACAGGCUUCAUUUGUAAGAAUCGAAGCUUCUUUUUAUGGCAAUUAAUAGCCUUUGUUUCUUAUGUUUUAAUGUAUGUAAAUAAGCAGUAACGUGUGUGAAUUGUAUCAACACACAAACACAAACACUCCCACACACGUGUUUAUGGCGUUGUGUACGUGCGCAGGCGGAUGCAUGCUAACUCUUCCUGUGCAUAUACCAUACAUAAGCUUAGUUAUGGCGUAAGCCUUGCCACAAAUACAAAGUGUUAUACCUUUUAAUUUAUUUAUUUUAACAUUUUUGUAUUUAAGUUAUAUAGUUUUUAUUUUCGUUGGUUGACGGGACUCAAAUGUUUAGUUUUAUUUUUGGUUUUUAUUAAAAAUAUUAUUUUAAGUGGCAAUUUAAGCAAAGUAUGCGCUAAAAUAUUAGGGAACGGGCGUUGGUGGGUGCUGUGCUCGUGCCUAUUACAUGACACAGUGCUGCCAAAUAUUCGUUACCAUUUUCGGUUCGGUAAGUUCGUGCAUUUGUUCGCGGUUUCUUUCUUUUUAAUUACACGACUUUCCGCGUCAGAAAGUCGUGUAAAUUUUUAAAGUUUUGUUUAACGGUGUUGAAAGUGCAAAAACAAACAAGUGCUACUAAGUGUUGAUAUGUGUGCGUAAUAAAAUUGGAAGUUCUGUUACUUGCAUAAUUUUGCUGGCUGUUUUGUUGGACUCGUCGCCUGUCUGCCGUAGCGGUUGGCUGAAACAUGUAGCUGUGAGCAUGCGUAAAGCGUGCAGCAGCGAGGUACUGUGCGUUUCAUGCCACAUCGUCAACAUCAUUGCCAUCGUCAUCGUCAACAACAUCACAAACAAGCAAGCUGUCGCCGAAUCAGGUGAGUAUUCUUUGUUCAACGGUAUCGGUUGGACAAGGUGCACAUUUCAAUGGAAUAUUAAUGUAUAUUAAAAUUUCAUUAUUAUGCUAAUGCAUCCUGUCUCACACUGUCUGUAUUUGAAACACCAGAAUAUACAUACAUACAUACAUAUAUACUUAUAUAUAAUUCCUUGUAUUCCAUUUACAAGUUCCUGUAAUCCUUGCUACCUUCCCUUCUACAUUAUAUUCCCUAUUUUUAUACAUUCAUACAUACAAACAUACUUAUAUUUCACCGUUCAUUUAAAUGUUGCCAGUUAUAUACAUAUUUUAAGUAACAAAUAAGCGUUGCCGUUUCACUUUAACGGUGAAGUUAUAACAUUUAAGUUUACAGACAUGAAAAAAAUGUCGUUUGGGUUGUAAAAUUCGAAUUGCCUUCGACGAAUUUUCUCUCCCGCUUGUAAGCCUCAUUAUCGACAUUUGGAUUGGUUGAAUUAAAGGUUCCUCAACUGUUACGGUAUGUGGUAUGUUUUUGUUUCAUAACCUGACAUAGUUUACCACAACAUUUAAGAUUGCAGUGCGAAGUAGAUAUCUCUCGAGUGGGAAUUUCACUUUAAAUGGUCGAAAAUGCAAAAUGUUUAUGGGAUAGUUAGUAAAUCUUAAAAACCCUAUGUUGUACCGAAGUUAUGACGAUCAGCUGUAAUAUUGGACAUCUAUGCUCUAUUUCGAUUAAAUUCGAUAAGUAAAACCCUGCUCAUAUUCGAAAUUUGGAAUAAAUGAAAAUUUUUUGUGUUUAGAAACCAAUAGCUAUUAUUCAUUAGUAAAUAUUCGAAUUUUAUAGCAACUUUUUAAGUUUAGUAAUAUAAACACAUUACCGAAAUUUUCGAAAAUUUUAAAAUGUUUUAGAACAUUUAAAGUAUGAGCAUCAAUUAAUUUCGGUUGCGUUCCUAUGCAGAUAAUGGAAUAUGCACAUUAAAAAUGUCGGUAAUUAAUUUAGAUUUUUGAAAAACUUUUUUUUUUUGAUAUUGAAAUUAGGCAUAAGACCGAUCAGUUUAUAAACAAAAUUGAUAAACUGCGCUGUACCGUGUAUAUUAUCACCUAAAAAGCUGUCUAUUUUCUUUUAUACAAGCACAGAGAUAUUUUUCUAUACCCGCUGCAGCAAAUUUAAAAAUAGAUUAUUUUUGAAAAUACAGCCGCGUUAUCUUACAUAUGCAUGUAGCACAUAAAUCAAUUGUAGAAAUUACUGCAUUACCUUAAUUUCUGUGCGGGGGGUGGUCACUAAACAUAUGUGUCCAUUAUAUUUGAAAAAUGUUGUUUACGAAUUCUGCGUCGUUACAAAAACCAAAAUUAAAGCAGCAUUUAGGAACGAGAGAGUUGCAUAUAUAAUUGCAACGCUGUCAAAAACUACAUGACUGGUUGUGAAAUGUGACUGUGCGACACGACGCCGGUGUUGUGGCGAAGAAUCGUCAUGUACUCAACAUAAUGUAUUUACGGACAUUGUAUAAUAUUGCCACCGCAGCGGCAGCCGUCGUCGCAGCAGCCUCUGCAAGCAGCAAUGCGGUACACAUGCAUAAUAAUAUCAAUAACAGUAAUAAUAAUAACAACAACAACAUCAAUAGCAAUCACAACAAACAGCGACACAGGAGUAUUAGCAAUGAGCGCAAUGAGUGCGCCAAGCAAAAUGAUUUAUUAGUUGCCAAAAAUCGCCUAUUAACUGGCCUAGCAGCGGACGUGCAUAGCGCGCUACCCGCCUACACGCCAGCCGGCGCACUGUCCAGCGCGACGACGCCACCCACGCAAAGCCCCGUGCCGAGCGUAAACAAACUGCUGUGUGAUGUGCUUGAGCCGGAAAUAUCGAUACGCUCCAUGUACAAGUGCUGUGGCAAGCGGUUUAUGCAACAGGCGCAAACGCAACAGCAACAACAACAUUUACACAUCAUACAACCGCAUGCUAUGACAAAUGUCGCCGCAGCAGCAGCAACAAUAUCACCACCACCGCUAACAACAACAACAACUACCCUGCCGACGCAUCCAACAACCACAUGCUGCACACCAACAUCGUCCGCCCAUCACAGCAAUUGUAGUGGCUGCCAAAUAACAGCGGCCGCCUCCAUACAAUUGGCCAAUUUAAUUGGCAGUACAAUGUUGUUGCCACAAACAGCCGCAGCAAUGCAAGAUGUUGCCACAAAAGCCGUAGCAGCCGGCGAAACGGUAAAUGUAACAAACGAACAUAAUACAAGUAAGAAAUUACACGCCAGCACUGCGGAGAAGCUACUGUGUAGAGGCGGCAACAGCGCAUUGGAAGCCGUGAGUAGCGUCAGCGCCAGCGCCGGCUCCUCCGCGAGCAUAAUGUCGCCACACACGGCGGCCACAACCAAGAAAGCCAACGUGCAGUUCCACUGCGAGUUCUGCGCCUUCACCUGCUCGUGGAAGUACGACUUGAAGCUACACUUGCGGCAAAAACAUGGCAUUCACAAUAAGAAAAUGUGAACUCUACGUGCUGCGUGUCGAAAAUGACGUGCCAAAUGCAAGCAGCGCACACGCUUCACUGCAUUACAUUUGUAGUAAGCUGCAGUUGAGGCCUAUUUGUGUGCUUAUUGUUAAACACGUUUUUGGAAAUCAACGCGUUUGUUUUGCAACGUUUGAAUUGUUUUGUUCAGGUAUUAUGCUACUUGAAGUUAGCUGUAGUUUACGGUUAGGCGCGUUUAUUUAAAUAUUUAUUAUUAGUUUUUAUUAUAUACUUGUAUGUAUAGCAUAAAUUGUACAUAUGUAAGCGCUAAACUGUAGUUUAUAAUGCUAUACGAGUAUACCUAUGAAAAUGUUAUAAUAAAGAGCCCAGUGUGAUUGAAUAUCUGUA